UAACAAUUCUGGUGGAUCAUUAUACGAACAUUUAAAGUUCCAUCCGGCUUCGUUCAAUUCAAAUAAAACAAAAAAUAAAUUACAGUUAAACCUUCUAUCUAUUAGCGAAAAAAUCCGUCUAUUGAGUUUAUUGCGUUCAUACAGACAACGUGCUUUGUAUAAGAAAUAAAUGUUUUUGCAAUGUAUAAGGAAUAAACAUUAGUUAUUGAUACUAAGUGUUUUGUUUUCCUGUUAAUUUAAUAAACAGGAAAAAAUAGUAACAAGUUUUAGCACGUUAUCUCAUAUACCCAAGCAGUUUAGCAUUUUUCCAUUUUAUACAAAGAUUUAUCGAUAAGACUGUAUCUUAAUAAUACCUACGUUAUCGUUUAGUUAAGUAGAGUGUACACUUAAUCAUUGUGUCAUAUUUAAAUUGACUUGAGACGCGUGCUGUAUUGAGUAUUCUGUUCUGAUCUUUUCGAAGAAGAAGGUCGAGCUGUUAAAAUAAUAUUGUAAAUAUCUGAAAAAUAUAUUUUAAUAAAAUUAUUGUAAAGACGAAAAUAUAAAAAAUGGUGCAAACAAAAAGAAUUUUAGUUAUUUAUACCGGGGGAACUUUUGGCAUGCUCAAAAAUGAGAAAGGAGUGUUGUCGCCACAGAAGAACAUAGAGGUGGUUAUCAGACGGCUUCCACAGCUUCACGAUGUGGACCACUGGACCAAGACUUUGGCGGGAACUGACAUGAAGGACUAUCUCGUGCUGCCCGAUGGCAAAGAUACAGAAGUAAAAGUGCUAUACAAAAUCCACGAAUACGAUGAAUUGAAAGACUCUUCCGAUUUUACCCUCGACGAUUGGAUCAAAAUAGCCAGAGAUAUCAAGAGAUUCUACCACGACUACGAUGGUUUCGUGGUGUUGCACGGCACUGACACCAUGGCGUACGGGGCGUCCAUACUGUCUUUCAUGCUAGAGGUCGUUGGGAAGACUGUCGUCCUCACUGGAGCUCAGAUUCCCAUAUUCCAACCCCGAAGUGACGGCAACAAUAAUUUGCUCUGCGCUGCGCUGAUCGCGGCCACGCAGCACAUUCCAGAGGUGACGGUGUUCUUUGGCUGCAAGCUGUUUAGAGGAACCAGAGUAAAGAAAGUAUCGAAUACAAGAAUCUACGCUUUCGACUCACCAAACUUCCCCCCUCUCCUGGAAGCCAAGACCAACCUGGAUGUGGACCCGAAGAUGCUGAUCCACCCUUCAGGGUCCGUGCCAAACGAAUGCCGUCUCCAUGACAAGUUGUCGCGGAACGUCUACGUUUUGAAGGUCGCCCCCACUAUCACUCCUGAAGUACUAAGAGCGGUUUUUGAUAAUAUGGAAGGUGUGGUCUUGGAGACAUAUGGCAACGGGAACAUGCCGAUAAAACGACGGGACAUUUACCAGGAGAUCGAGCGAGCGGUGAAGAAUAACGUCCUCGUGGUGAAUGUGACCCAAUGCAUCAACGGGACCGUACUGGGGAAGGCUAUCUAUGAGACUGGAUUGCUGCUGGUGGAAUGCGGAGUGGUUCCCGCGUUCGACAUGACGUCAGAAGCAGUGCUGGCUAAGCUGUCAUAUGUAUUGACCAAGACAGAACUCAGCUACCAGCAGAAAGUUGAGUUAAUGAAGACUGAUAUCCGAGGAGAACUAUACAACCCACAGCGCUGAUUGCGUAGAAAAGAAGAACAGUAAAUUAAAUGGCGAAUAAAAAUCAUUUUUCAAAA